AUGUUGGCAAUCACAAAGAGUAAGCAACAGCAUACUCACAACUUCGAACACCUCACACUCACGACUUUCACAACGCUCGCAAAGGAUACCAUGGCAGUGACACGAACGACACACUGGAUCGGCGUCCUCUUCCUCUUUGUCUCCUCAAUCCUCCUCCUUCUCGUCACAAUCUCCGCACCCAUCAUCAACCACAUCGGCUUCCUCGACGUCCGCCUCGCCAACGGCACCAAGGACCAUCACUCCAUCAUUUACUUCGGCACAUUCGGCUACUGUACCUCCAACGCAGGUCCCGGCGGCAAUGGCGACAUCUGCACGGGCCGCCACAUAGGCUACGAACCCGCCUGGCUCACCUCCAAAAUCGAAGGCGCCCAGCUCUCCUACCUCUCCGCCGGCACAUCCGACUCCCUGACCCGCUGUCUAGUCCUCCACCCCGUGGCCUGUGGUGUUGCGUUCAUAGCCUUUCUCGUCUCUCUCGGUGGCCACAUGAUCGGUGGACUAGCUGGUGCCGCAGUCGGUGGGUUGGCGUGGAUCUUGACGCUUAUUGCGAUGGCGAUUGAUUUUACGAUCUUCAAGAUUGUGAAGCAUAAUGUCAACACGAAUGAUGAGAUUGAGAGUGAGGCGAGUUGGGGAAGCGGGAUUUGGAUGGUUGUGACGGCUUUUGUGUUGCUUGGGUUGGGGGCGGGGAUUGUGCUGUUGACGUGUUUUGGGGCGAGGAGGGAGAGGGCUAGGGGGAAGGAGAGGGUUGUGACGGCGAGUGGGAGGAGGAAGAGUCGAUUUUGGAGGUAG